GUCAAUCAAACCCGUUGACAGGACUAGCAUGUUUGUUCACCUGUUUGUAAACAUCGUACAGGCUCGAGCUCUACAAAAUACUGUAGCAGACCACCGAUGACGACUUGACCUGGUUGGCAGGAAGUGAGCAGGACCAUGGCGGUGGCUGGGGAGGGUCAGCUCCAGAGGAUUAUCAGAGAGCUGCAUGAUGUUGUGUCAGAGCUCAUCAAAGAGUAUAAAGAGAGCGGAGAGCCCAUCACAGACGACAGCAACAACCUGCAGAGGUUCUCCUACAAGCUCGAGUACCUGCUACAGUUUGACCAGAAGGAGAAGAAAACGCUUCUGGGCACAAAGAAGGAUUACUGGGACUAUUUUAACGACUGUCUGGCCAAAAUCAAAGGAGCCAACGAUGGCAUUCGCUUUGUCAAGUCCAUUCCUGAGCUAAAAACAUCGCUGGGAAAAGGUCGAGCGUUUAUCCGAUACUCUCUGGUGCACCAGCGGUUAGCUGACACGCUUCAGCAGUGCCUCAUGAACCAACGGGUCACCAGCGACUGGUAUUAUUCCCGGAGUCCCUUUCCGAAGCCCCAUCUCAGUGCGGACAUUAUUAACUCUCUUUACGAGCUCAACGAAGUCCAGUUUGACGUGGCGUCCCGGGGUCACGACCUUGAUUCAGCCUGGCCCACUUUUGCAAGGAGGACUCUGGGAACGAGCAACUCUCCAAACCACGUGUGGAAAGUGCCGAGCCGCAGCUCCAGCAUUAACAGCCUGGCCAGCUCGUAUUCACAGGCCCCAGAGUUUCUCUGCAGUCCAGAGUUUGAACAUAGCUUGCUAAGUGAAUCUGCAGACCCGUUGUCCGAUUCUGCAAUCACCACCAUGGACGAGCUUCGUCUGGAGCUGGAUCAGUCUGAGCUGAAACAGCGGGAGCUUGUGGAGCAUGUUCAGCAGCUUGGCAGCGAGGCCACAGAGCUACGUGACGUGGUGUCCACACUUCAGAGGCAGCUGGACAUUUCAUUAGCAGCUCAGUCUAACCAUCAGGAGCUUCAGCUUAAGUUGGAGGUGCUGGCAGAGAGGGAACGGACACUAGCCCAAGAUCUGGAGGUCCUGAAGGGACGUGAGGCUGUUAAAGAAGCAGCAAAUCAGAACAUUCAGGAGAAGUUAACUGCUGCAGAAAAAAGAAACCAGGAACUAAUGACUAAACUAGAUGGUGUGCUUGAGGAGAAGGGGCAGAAAACAGCAAGCCAAUUUGACUCUGCCCAAAAGAUCCAUGAACUCCUGGAUGGACUGAAGGAAGCAGAGAAAGGCAGGAUAGAAGCACUAGCACUUGGUGAAGAGAAAAGGAUGCAGGCUGAACGUCUCGCUGAAGAGCUCAGAAUAAAAGAGCAAGCCCUGAGAGAUGGAGAAACUAAAAUGGCCGCUUUAACAGAGAAGGGUACAAAGUUGAUGAAGCAGGCUGAAGAACAACGUAAUGCCAUGGAUAAACUCCAGGAGGACCUGUCAGUGAGAGAGAAGGAAGCGAGCAGUCUUCAGAAAGACCUGCAAGACCUUCAGUGCUGUCUGCAGGCGAUGGAGCAACAGGCUUCUGAAGAGAAGAAAAGGGCUUUGGAGGAGAGAGAGGUGCUGCAGAAAACGUUGAGCUCUUUAAAAGUAAGCCUAGAAGGACAGGUGCAAAAACUGAAGUCACAACUCAAGGGUAAAGAAACUGAACUUAUUUCCAGUGUGAAGAAGAUCCAGAAUUUGGAGGCUGAAGCUGAGAAGAUUGCAGCAGAGAAACAGGGUCUGAGCGGGAGUACAGUAACGCUGGAGACACGCAUCAAAGAUCAGGCUAAGAUGAUAGACGAAUACAAGACCAGUCUCACAGAGCUGAACAACAAACUCCUCCAGACAGUUAAGAUCAAUGAGGAAACCAAGAAGCAGCUGAUGGAAAGCAAGGUUUCAUUAGAAAAUGAACUGGCUGGUCUCAGGGCAUCCGAAAAGCAGCUCAGAGGUCAACUUAAUGAUGCUAAAGUGACAGUGGAUGAGCGAGAACAGCAGAUGCGUGAGGAGAAUCGCAGUCUGGAUGAGAAGCUCCAGAAAACCAUCAUGCAGGUUAAGGAGUCGGAAAGUGUAGUCCACAAGUUGGAGCAGGAGAACACAGAUCUCAGGCAGGAGAACUUAAAGAGUACAGAUGCACUCACUGCAGUACAGGAAGAACUACGCAAACUUACCGACCAGAUCAGGGAUCUAGAGCAUAGCCUAGAGGUGGCAAGAUAUAAUGAGGAAAACCUCCAUUUACAGCUAAAGGAACAAAACUCCCAGCUGGAAGACAGAGAGAAGCUUUGUGAGGAGCUUCAAGAAAGAUUAGAUGAACUGGAAGCCCAGGAGGAAGAGCUGGCAGCAGGGAAGGCGGAUGCAGAGCAAGCCUUGGAGAAGCAGAGGGAUAUGAUGGAAAGGUUGGAGGUCCAGAGGACAGCGGUGGAAAAAGCUCAGCUGGAGAUGAAUGCCUGCCGUACAAAGGAAGCCAAGGACAUGGCCUCAAAAGUAGCAAUACUGGAGGAGCAGCUGAUCUUCAAUGGGAAAGAAGUGUCCAGGCUUCAAGAGGAAGUGAUGGACUUAAAGGCCAAGCUGCUCUUUUCUGAGGAGGAGAAAUUAAAGAUCCAGACUAAGCUGGAAAUCACAGAGGCAUCUAGGCUAGAGCUGCAGACUUUGACAGAGCAUCUUAAAAAGCAAGCUGAGGAGCAGAACCGAAUUCACAUCAAAGAACUUCUACAGUCCAAGCAGCACAUGGAGUCGAUAUCAAUUCAGCUUGACACAGAAAGAUGUGCGUUUGCUAAAAUAUCAGCUGAGUUCGCUGCAGCUCAAGACGACCUGGCUGUACUAAAGACCCAUAAUGAACAACUGGUUAUGGAGAACGCCGAGAGCAGAGAGGGACACCACAAAGCAAACACGGAGAUGGCUGAGCUGGGACUGACCAUCUGCAAGCUGACAGCAGAACGGGAGGAAGCUCAAAAACGCUGGGCAGCCCAGAGCACCCUGGUCCAUGAGCUGGAGGAGCGGGGCAAGCAUGAAACACAUCGCCUGAAUGCCAGCAUGGCCGCUCUGCGGCAGGAGAACGCCAGUUUGCGAGAGGAGCUCCUACAAAUGGAGAAGCUUCCUGAAACUUUACUGGAGCUCAAGGAGAUGCUGGAGAAAUCUGAGAGUGAGAGAGAUGUGGCACAUGAGGAGACAGCAUCCAUGAGGUUUCAGAUGAGUACAGAGAAUAUGGCGCACCAAAACCAGGUGAAGAGCUUAAAUGACAAGCUUGAGAGUUUAAAAGUGCAGCUGACGUCCGAAUGCGAGAAGACGUCCAGCCUGGAGGUCAGAGUCACGGAGUUAGAGAAUUUGAAUUCAGACUGCUCUCGACUGAUGGGAGAGAAAGAUUCGCGCAUUACGGAGACAGAGAGCCUGAUUCGCUGUGCAGAGGAUGAAAUUCAGCAGCUGAAGGAGAGAGUGACAUGUGUACAGGAGGCUCUGGCAUUAGCACAAACGGAGAAAGGCCAGCUGAAGGAAAAGUUGGAGAAGGUUCAGUCUGAUGCUCAAGCCGAGCAAAUCAAAAUGGCUGCCGAGACCGAAGACCUCAGCAACACGAAAACCAAGCUGGAGGAGCGGCUCAUCGAGCUCAUCAGAGAUAAAGACGCUCUGUGGCAGAAGUCUGACGCUCUGGAGUUUGAGCAGAAGCUGAGGGCGGAGGAACAGUGGUGGUUAGUGGACCGAGAGGCUACACACUGUCUACACUGCAACAGCCAGUUCACAUGGUGGCUUCGUAAGCAUCACUGCAGGUUGUGUGGGCGAAUCUUUUGCUACUACUGCAGUAAUAACUUUGUGAGUACGAGGUCCGGGGUGAAGAAGGAGCGCUGCUGCAGGGAGUGUUACACACACCACAGUGCUGUGGUGGAGAGAUUCACUCGCUCGGAAAUCAGCAGCACCACCGACACACCUGCAGAACACACACACACUGCCAGCGCAGCAUCACCACCACCUGCACCUCCAUACAUACCUACACCCAGAGUUACAGUAACUGAUCCAAAUGUGAAGCAUGAUGAUGGAGUGUAUGACAUCAUCACAGACGAUGAGGUAAACGGGCUGUACGACAGCGACACACUUUCACAAACAACCGCAGAGUCGCUGGACGGAGAAGCUGAGAGCCGGAACACUCAGGAGCCAGGUGUUUCUGGUAAAGCAGUGGUUACUGAGGAACAGGAGGAAAUGCCCCCGUCUGUACAAGAUGCUGAAAUCCAUCUACUCAAAUCAGGAGAACUUGCUUCUUUAGUCCUGCUGCACAUCGACGAGAUCCGGCAGUUCGGAGAUGCUUCCCGUGAGCUCUUCAUCAAGUCCAGUUGCUACAGCAUCAUCUCCAUCACCGUACACGAGCACGGCCACGCCGUCGGCUGGGUUUUCUCAUCCGAGCCAAAGAGCAUCAGCUUUAGCGUCGUCUAUAGAGAAUCUACAAACACACCUGAGGAGCAGGCCAAGGUUCUGAUCCCCCUGACUCGGUGUAACGCACACAAGGAGACCAUUCGUGGCCAGCUGAAAGCCAGAAACCCCGGAGUCUACACACUCAUCUUUGACAACUCCUACUCCAGGUUCAUCUCCAAGAAAGUCAACUACCACUUGACCACUGAAAAGCCCGUCAUCUACGAUGGAAGUGACUGUCUUUAGACCCACGCUGGAUUUUUCUUCUUUUUUUUUUUUUUUUUUGUUCCCUUUUCAGGACAACAUGUUGAUCUGCGUUCGGUUUUUAAAAUAGCGCUACUAGAACGAGACGAAGAUUCGAAGGAGCGCUCCGGAGGUUUUCACGCUCUACGAGUCGAGGCCGUGUUUGUUAUUAUCGAUGUGCCUUUCUGCUUAUUAAUAACGUGUUCCUUUCUUUAAAUUUUUAAUCACUGCACUUUUUAAACAGCGUAUUACAUUAGACGUAAAAGCCGAGCUACACACUACAUCAUCAAUCUGCUGCUAAUGGAAGGGAAUUAUAUAUUUAUAUAAAAAUAUAUUUCCAGAUUUUAACACAACAUUUCUCAAGCGAAACGCACUAGACGUGUCUUUUUUUAAGCUCCGGCUCUAAAAGCAAAUCAAAGUAAAACGACACUUUUUUUUUUCUCUCAAAGCAAAGACGGCAGAAUUUACCAAAGCUGGAGGUUUCUCACAGUCAGGGAGGUUUUUUUAAUAAAUUGUAGCUAAGUUCUACACUACAGGCGAUAAUCAAGUACGACGUCUAAAAUAUCCAGGUGCUGUGAGGUCACCGUCACCUCGACAACCAAAGCAACGAUGAUGAAGCAACACUUUACACACUAUACACACUUUGGCUUUUAGAGGUAGUGUGUGUGGUGGUCUGGGAAAAACCUUCACAUGCGGACAUUUUCACCAGACUUUUUUUUUUCCUGUGAUGUAUCUCAAGCAGAAGCAACGUUCUGACAUUAAAUUAAAGAACAUCGAGAAAAAUUGUUUGACAUUUUGACAGCCGGCGUCUGAUUACGACUUGAUGGCUGCGUGAUGAACUCACCUUGUAAAGUUCUGAAUAGCAGAAUUUUAGCAUCAACGCAAAGAAAGAACAAAAAAACACCCGACACUUGACGUUUUUUUAGCAACCAGCUAGUCAAAUACCUGCUGCAAGGGAUGUAUAAUUUCCUCCUCAAUACUGUUACUAUAACAUUAUUAUAUUGUUAUUAUUAUUGUAUUGUCAGUAUUAUAAAGUAAAACUUCUUUUAAACGUAAACAGUGCCGCUUGGUUUUAACGUUGAGGCUGCGAGCGGCCAUGUCGAUAGCCUAGAAUGUGGUAGCCUAGUGGUUAAGGUGUUGGGCUACCAAUCGGAAGGUUGUGAGUUCGAUUCCUACGUCCACCAAGCUGCCACUGCUGGGCCCCUGAGCAAGGCCCUUAAUCCUCAAUUGCUCAGUUGUAUAAUAAAUGAGAUAAACAAUUGUAAGUCGCUCUGGAUAAGGGCGUCUGCUAAAUGCUGUACAUGUAAUGUUGAGUUUCGGUCACUCAAGUCCGAGAGUUGAGUUUAGAUUUCUGCUAAAUUUCCAACAAAGUGACAUUUAACAGCUUUUCCCACACCAACACACACGUCUCAGGGUUUACGCCAGAGUUUUCUUACUACAACACUAACAUCAGCCAAAGUGCCUUAAAUGAACGAAGUACUUGGAAAAGGAAGUUGCCUCAAAACAUCUCCAAGCUUUUACACCAAUCUGAAUUAAAACCCUUACACAGAUAAUCUAUGCUUUUUUUUUAUUUUUUUUUUUAAUCUGUUAAAUUACAAAUGUAAAGAAUUGUUUAUUAUUUAAAAGUACUUGUUUAUGUGAAAAACAUGAAACACAGGGAGUCGUUUCAAAUUCACCGAAUUUUUUUACUUAUUUGUUUAUUUGUCGUUACUAGAAUUGUUCGCCAUCCGAAGCAGCACUGUGAUAAUCACCGGACACAAACAACAUUAUUUACAAUUUUAAAGAACAAACACUAAGCGUCCGUCGCAGUGGACUGAGGAUAUGCUGGUGACAUUCACGGUGUUUCCCACAUCUGCUGGAAUCUUCAUUUUAUCAGUGGCACAUGCACAGAGUCAGCUUCACCCUUCUGUCUUCUUUCUUUCCUAGUUAUCACAGUAAAGUUGCCAUUUUUAUUUUUUUGUUUUAAUUGUUUUAGUGUUUCAUUUUAUGUUUUAACGCAGCCAUGAAGCCGACGUGACCGCGGCUGCUUUCAGCUGAGUAUCACAACACUACAGGAUUUUCUACACGGAGUGUUGUUUUUUUGUUGUUUUUCGUGCACGGAUUUACAUCGCAUUAUUUUUUAGACAGAUGUUUUUAAGUGUGUUCCUGGUCACUUAGGUGAUAUACAGGUGAUAUACAGUAUGCAAACUCUACCGAGCUUUCACAAGUCACUGUUACGAGUUUGGUGUACAUUUUAAAACGAUGUAAUAAAUUUUUAUUCGGUGA